AUGGGUUCACAAUGGUAUGACCCUUGGAUUCUUAAAGAAAAGUUAUGUACGGUUGUACCCUAUGUAGCAAUUCAGGAUACUUCCGCAAGGAUUAAGGAUGUUUGGUUUGACGGUAAGUGGAAUUUUAAUUUUUUGUAUACUAAUCUUCCAGACAAUGUUGUCAAUGCUAUCACAGCAACCCAACCUAGAGUAGUGCAGAAUUUGCCUGAUGUUUGGACUUGGAGUAACUCGAAUUCGGGUAUGUACUCCGUCAAGGAUGCUUAUAAUUGGCUUUUGAACCCAGCACUGCUUAAUGAUCAUGUCAACUGGAAGUGGAUUUGGCAGCUUAAUCUCCUAGCAAAUAUUCAAUUUUUUGUCUGGCAACUCAUUCAUGAAUCCAUUCCUGUGCGCGCAGUUCUGCAACACCGUCGGGUCUGCAACACCGAUAUUUGUCCUCGCUGUGCAGGAACCUCUGAGAACAUCGAUCACUGCCUAUUCUCGUGUCCGGAUGCAGCACGAGUGUGGAAUCUGACUGGUUUGGUCUUUAAUCGCAACUCUUCCCAAGGGGCUGACACGUUCACAUGGUAUAAGAAUAUGGGUAAGAUUCAUGGAUCGCUCUUCUUCAUUGCUCUCUGGGUGAUUUGGUGUGGAAGGAAUGAGAUUGUCUUCAAUAACCAUAGAGAAAAUACUCACACUAGUAUGGGAAAGAUUUAUUCCUUGCUAAAAUCAUGUGAAGCUGCUUUUAUGCCUCCGCAUUCGGUAGCAGUUACGCCCGUUAACCCGUGUUUAGUAUCUUGGUCCCCACCUAUGGAAGGUACCGUGUGUCUCAAUGUUGAUGGAAGCCUUUUCGGCGCUACAAGUUCAGCUGGUUACGGUGGUCUGAUUCGGGAUCAUAACGGUGUUUUUAUUUCGGGUUUCUACGGAGCUGCUAAUGUUCGAAGUAUCUUAUUCGUAGAACUCAUGGCUGUGUUACAUGGUUUACACAUAUGUUGGGAAAGUGGGUUUCGUCGGGUUACAUGUUACUCAGACUCGCUUCAGUUAGUUAACCUUAUUAGGGACGGUGUGUCUGCUCACCACAGAUUCGCUAAUGAAGUCUUUAGUAUUCGUCAACUCCUCGCUAGAGAUUGGGAGGUUGCGAUUAACCAUACGCUACGGGAAGUAAUGCGUGUGCGGAUGCCUUAG